GAACCCGGAGCGCUGCCCCGAGGAGCAGCCCUGAGCCCCUGCAGGAGCCCGACUGCACCCAGAGCAAACCCAUGAGGAAGGUGUGAGCCGGCUCCCCCUGCCCUCUCCCGCCCCCCCGGGGACACCAUGGACCCCGAAGCCGUGAAGACCCAGGAGGCCCCGCUGACGGUCAACGAGCAGGUCAUCGUCAUGUCCAGCCACGAGACGAUCCGCGUGCUGGAGGUCGGCGUGGACGCCCCGCCGCCGGCCGAGGAGGACAGGAAACCUUUGGAGAUGCCACCCGGGGAGGGCGCACGGGGCUCCCCACGAGGGAGCGGCGACCCGGGCAGCGAGGACGUGCCGCCCAGCGCCGAGACCUCGUGCAGCGCAGAGGCGGCCGGCAAAACCAAGCCGGCAGCCGGAGCAUCCCCCAGCAGUGUCCCCCCCGGCGGCACCUUCGGCCACGCCGCCAGCCAGCAGCCGCAGCCCGUGGCCCCGCUGGCCGCCCCGCAGUAUUGCAGGUCAAGUGGCAGGUCAGCAGGGGCUGGCUGUGUGGACAUUUCCUACAGCAACGGUCGCUGCCCUUCCCGGACUGACGGCUGCUUCUCCUACAGGGGGAAUUUUCAAACCACCUAUAGCCAAUCUGCAAGGAGGGGUCUGAAACGGUGUUUAAUCGCGGGCGCUGGAAGAAGCAGGGUUUGUCGCGACCCCCCCGAGGCCGAAAGGUGCUGGGAGCGUCGGAGAGGGGCGGCGAGAGGGAGGGAGGAAGGAGACGCCGCCGCCGUCCUCAACGCCGCGAUACCGGCGCCGGUGCAGCCUGCCCAGCCGCUGCCGGCUGCGGUCCAGCCCCGGCCCCCCCUCCAGCCGCAGAGCGUGUUCCCCCCGGCGCCCGCCGUGCCCAGCCAGCCCCCCCUCCUGCCACAGCCCGCUGCAGCGCCCACGCCACCCGUGGCGAAGCCGCUUGAGCCGCAGACCCAGAUCGCAGUGCAGCCCGCGGGAUUUGCCUUUAACCCUGGCAUAAUCUCCGCCUCCCUCGGGGGGCAAACGCAGCUCCUCAGCUCCCUGGCAGCCGCCCCCGUGAUCGCCAACACCAUCUCCAGCGUGCAGGGCAUCACGGGGCAGAUCCUGACCAACGCCCAGGGCCAGCCCCCGCUCUCCUCCCUCGCGCAGGUGAUCGGGACCCUGCCCUGGGUGGUGAACCCCCCCGGCAUCGCGGCGGCCAGCCCGGUGCCGGCCCCGAACCUGCAGGUGCAGGCGGUGACGCCCCAGCUGCUGCUCAAUGCCCAGGGCCAGGUGAUCGCCACGCUGGCCAGCGGCACCAUCCAAGCGGCCACCAUCAAGAAGAGCGGCCCCCCCGAGCCCCCCACCAAGACCGAGGUGCAGCCCAUCCAGCCGGCCCCCGCUCUGCCCCAGCCGGCCGUGGUCAUCGCCAACCCUGCGCCGGCGGCGAAGGCGGCCUCGGCGCCCGUCCCCAUCACCUGCUCCGAGACGCCCACCGUCAGCCAGCUGGUGGCCAAGCCCCAGGCCCCCAACAGCGGCGUGGAGGAGGACGGCAUCAACCUGGAGGAGAUCCGGGAGUUCGCCAAGAACUUCAAGAUCCGGCGCCUGUCCCUCGGCCUGACGCAGACCCAGGUGGGGCAGGCCCUGACGGCCACCGAGGGCCCUGCCUACAGCCAGUCGGCCAUCUGCAGGUUCGAGAAGCUCGACAUCACCCCCAAGAGCGCCCAGAAGCUGAAGCCGGUGCUGGAGAAGUGGCUGAGCGAGGCCGAGCUGCGCAACCAGGAGGGGCAGCAGAACCUGAUGGAGUUCGUGGGCGGCGAGCCCUCCAAGAAGCGCAAGCGCCGGACGUCCUUCACGCCGCAGGCCAUCGAGGCGCUCAACGCCUACUUCGAGAAGAACGCGCUGCCCACCGGCCAGGAGAUCACCGAGAUCGCCAAGGAGCUCAACUACGACCGCGAAGUCGUCCGCGUGUGGUUCUGCAACCGCCGACAGACGCUCAAAAACACCAGCAAACUCAACGUCUUUCAGAUCCCCUAAGGAAAGGGGCCGGGGGGGCCCCCAUGCCCCGCCCGCCCCCCCCCCGCCCCCCCCCCCCCCGCCCCAGCCUCCUGCCAUCAGCACUUUGUGACCGACUUUCCCCGGCCCCCGCCCCUCUGCCCGGCUCCGGCGGGGGGCUCGGGUCCCCCCCUAGCCGUGCGCGUAGGUGUCCGUGCCCCCCUCCCGCCCCACACGUGGCCCAACCGUGUUCGCAUCCCGUGUCGCGCGUGCCUCGUCGUCCCGUAACGUGCGUGGUGCCGGACCCCCGCCUGCGCUCACCGUGUCUCCCGACGCCCCCUGGGUGAGGGGGGGGCGCCCUCCCCGCCUUUCUGUGUCAGGUCUCCCCCCCCUCCAGGAGUGAUUUUUCAUUUUUUGGGCCGUUUUCUCCCUUCUCCGCGACUUUCCUGUGUUUCCGAGGUAGCGUUAAGGCCCGGUAGCGUCGCGGCUCGGUAGCGGUGAGCCCCGGUUUAGUUUCACCCCCUUUUAUUUCAUCGCCCCCCCCCCCGGUUCCCAGCCCUCUCCCCCUGCCGAUGCGAGGCGGCUCGGAGCAAACAGAGCCGCGUGAACCCGAAAACGAAGGCGUCGAGACACCGAGGCCCUGGGAGCUGCUGCUUGACAUAAAUAAGGGUGGCCUCGUGCCCCUGCCCCCCCCGUCCCCGUGCACUCCAGGGGGGGCCGCGCAAGGCCAGCAGAGCGAGCUGGGAGGAGGAUCUGGGGGUCCCUCCGAGCCCCCCCCCCGAGCCUGGGGACGGACAGACGGGGAUGGACGGACAGGGAGCGUGGGGGGGGGCGGGGGACGGGCCCCGCCGGGGCCACGGCAGCCUGAUGCACUUGAUGUAGUGGUGUGAAAUAAACAGUAUUUUUCUUUUUUC